CUAUCCAACUUAAAGUACUUGAGACCCUACAAAUAGGACGAGCAAAUUUAGCGUAUAUUUUGAUUGCAUUAGAAGACGGAUGAGGUGCUGGGCGGUGGGUUCGCCUGUUCUUCCUCCCAUUUCCCUUCCCCUUUCACCAGCCAUUCCAUUUCCAAAUGGCGCUUCAUCUUCCUCCAGUCGUGGAUCCCCGAAUGCGGAGGAUUCCUCUUGUAUCAUAGCACCCCCUUUCCCCAGCUUCAAAUGGCGGCUGCUCAUCGCUUAUGACGGUACUCGAUACGCAGGCUGGCAAUAUCAGAGGUCACCACCCACUAUCCAGUGCCUCAUUGAAGAAGCCUUGAUUGGAGCAACAAAGCUUGAAAGGAAGGAUCUCCAUUUAGUUGGUGCAAGCAGAACCGAUAAAGGAGUUCAUGCCUGGGGUCAGGUGGCUCACUUUAUUACGCCAUUUAACUACGAUAGCUUGGAAAGCGUCCAUGCUGCACUGAAUGGUCUUCUUCCCGUGGAUAUAAGAGUUCGAGAGAUCAGUCCUGCUGCACCUGACUUUCAUGCUCGGUUUUCUACAUUAAGCAAGGUUUAUCACUACAAGAUAUAUAAUGGCGCGAUCUUGGAUCCAUUUCAGCGUUGCUACACUUACCAUUGUGUUUAUAAACUCAACUAUGCAGCCAUGAAAGAAGCUGCAAAUUAUUUCGUUGGGAAGCAUGAUUUUUCUGCUUUUACAAAUGCAGCGCAUAAUGAUCGAGUGGUAAAUCCAGUGAAGGUCAUUUUUCGUUUUGAUGUCAUAGAUAUGGGACCUCUUGUGCAGCUAGAAGUUGAGGGUUCUGGGUUCUUGUAUAGACAAGUUCGGAAUAUGGUUGGCUUGUUGGUUCAAAUUGGAAAGGAAGCAAUUCCUCCUGAUGUUGUUCCUAAGAUUUUGGCUUCUCAAGAUCGCAGGGAGCUUGCGAAGUAUGCUUCGGGCGUUCCUCCUCAGGGGCUGUGUCUUGUGAGUAUUAAUUAUAAAGAGGACCAUUUAAAGCUUCCAUCUGAUUGCCCUGGGACUAGUGUUGGUAGGAAUCGUAGUGUGAGCAAAUGUAAACUCCCUUUUUAUUGAUUUAACCUUACACUUCUGCCAUGAGAAUAAUCUCUGUUGCUGGGUGUCCCAACAACUUAGGAGGCUGAGAUAUUAGAUAAGCAGUAUAGUUUAGUUAACAAAAAAUUGGAUUAAUUAGUCUUUGUUAAUUUAUGAGUUA